GCCCUCCCCCCGGCAGUGUGCGCACUCUAUUUCCGCCACUGUUCUGGCAAUGGAGGCUGCCGGCUCCCCGGUGCUGUACGUGCUGGCGGCACAGCUGUAUGCGGUGUACUCGCAGCCCACACUGCCUCUGGUCAUCAACACUUGGCCCUUCCGGAGCGCCACACAAGCAGCAUGGAACGUUCUUGCUGCUGGGAGAUCUGCUUUAGAUGCAGUAGAAAGAGGCUGCACCCAGUGUGAAAUUGAUCAGUGUGAUGGCUCUGUAGGGUAUGGUGGAAGUCCUGAUGAAUCCGGAGAGACUACACUGGAUGCUAUGAUUAUGGAUGGUAGCACUAUGAAAGCUGGUGCUGUUGCCAAUCUUAGGAGAAUAAAGAAUGCCAUUGGUGUGGCCAGAGCUGUGAUGGAGCACACAAAGCACACAUUUUUAGUGGGGGAAUCAGCAUCCUUGUUUGCUGAGAGUAUGGGCUUUGUAUGUGAAGACUUAACAACCAACAGAUCACUCUCCAUUUAUUCAAAGUGGCUUGAACAGCACUGCCAACCCAACUUCCGUACGAAUGUGACUCCAGACCCAGAAAAAUCUUGUGGUCCUUAUAAGCCUUUGAAAGAAUUAAAAAAUGGCAAACCACCUUCUCUUCAGAAAGCAGUAGAUGUGCACAGUCAUGAUACUAUUGGAAUGAUUGGUGUGGAUAAAAAUGGAAACGUGGCAACUGGAACAUCAACCAAUGGAGCAUCUCACAAAAUUCCUGGCCGUGUGGGAGACUCACCAGUCAUUGGAGCUGGAGCCUAUGCAGACAGCUCAGUUGGAGGAGCAGCUGCUACAGGAGAUGGCGAUACCAUGAUGAGAUUUUUACCAAGUUACCAAGCUGUGGAGAACAUGAGAAUGGGAGCUGAUCCCACCUCUGCGUGUCAGAAAGCGAUUGCUAGGAUACAGAAACAUGUCCCAGUGUUUUUUGGAGCCAUUGUAUGUGCCAACAAGACAGGAAGCUAUGGUGCUGCGUGCGGUAAGGCUCCAGGAUUCUCUCAAUUUCAUUACACAGUUUUUAAACCUGGCCGUUCACAACCACUAGAUGAGGUAGUGGAUUGUCUAUAGAAGCUGGGACAUGUGCCAGGUGUUUACAACAGAA